UACUUAGCAGAUAGGUUUUGCUUAGCGUCGUCUACGCACUAGUUUCAUUUCACCACCACCAAGGUUUCCGCAUUCGCCAAGGCCAAUCGGGUUAGGGAAGUGUAUCCGGAGUGACGGAUAGCAGGAGGCUUCAGUCCAGAGCGAAGAGAGAAAGGCCGAUUUCAUUACAAGACUUGGGAGCAGUAGGGUUCAGCAAUCGAAAGGGGAAAAAUGGCAGUUGGACAGAGCAUGCCGAAGGGGACUCUCGCCACCAGCCUGAGCUUCCCAAGCAGCGGCAGCACGAGGAUUCUGGGGAGGAAGAGGGUCGCCGUUUCGCCGGCGCCGAGCCCCUCCGGUCCGCACUCGCCAGUGCGGGCUCUGCGCAAGCAGCGCAGCAUCAGGUUCCACAUGGACGACGCCGUCUGCCUCCUUGAGUCGCUGCCUCAAGAUGUCCUGAUUAAAGUCCUUUGCAAGGUGAACCACAGCGACCUGAGGCAGCUCCUGCUAGUGUCCAAGCCAGUCAGCGAAGCGACUGUAGUUGCGAAAGAGCUGCAUUUCGCCUUCGCGACGCCGUCGAAGGCCGCCGCUGGAGACGGCGAGGAUGACGACGACGAAGGCCCCGGCGCGCCCAAGCAACGCAGGGUUGCACGGUCGCGGUACGGGGGCAAGAACUUGGCGAGCGUCACCGUCAAUCUGUCGGAGUCCUUCAGCAGCUUGCUCUCUGACCCGGAUGUGGAGAUGUAAAUACCACGGCAAAUCGAUUUUCCCCUUGUGUACUUGCCCGUCGUAGUUCCUUUUUCUCAUAGGUCACGUCGAACAGAGACUUUAGUUAGUCAUAUAUGUAGUCAUCAGUAGAGUAAGUUAUAUAUAUGGUCAUUCUUCAAUGCUGCGAUUGAAGAGGACACACGAUGUUUUGCUUAUGUGUAUGUAUUAUUACUGUAAGUUAUAAGCGUCAGAGUGUUGGAACUCUGAAGAGCAUUAGUAGUAGUGGAAGUUA